GGUGGACCCAGCGUCCGUGUUUGACGCUCAGGAAGUGGAUUAAACCACCAAAGAUUCCCGCAGAUUCGUUACCGAUUGUCCUCAAUGCUACAAAACGUGCCCCCGCUGACCUAAACCCCGUGUUUGAAUACUUUUGUGGGAUACUUGAGAGGAUAAUGCUGGAUGGUUACGCUCAUGAAAUUCACCAGAGACAUAUGCAGGCUGCUGGGACUCGGGAGCGGCCCUCCUGUCCAGCAGCAGGAGGAGCAGAUGGACUGUGGUGCCACAAACGUUGACCCGAGUGAUGAUGCCACUUUGUCACAGGAUGCAUUAAACGGAGAAGAGGAUUUGAGUGAGGAGGAGAAGGUCAGGCGGAAGGCAGAGCGACGCAAAGCCAAGAGGAAGCGCCGUCGAAAACGAAAGAAGCAGGAACAGGUUAAGCAGAACGACAGUGCUGAACAGGAUGAUGAAGAAGAGGACGGAGGUGCAGAGUCCGAACUGGAUGAAAGUGAGUCAGAAGCAGAAGUUGGUUUUGAGGAUGAGAAACAAAGUGUGCAAACAGAAGAGAAAAAAGAGGCAAAAUCAGCCGCCUCAAACAAGUACGUUGGCGCUGCAGUCAUGGCUCCUUCAGGAAUCCGAGGACAUCAGAAGACCCACGCCAGGUCCACUGAAGAGGAGCCAGAGUGGGAUGUAAGCAGUGCCUUCUUCGCUAAUGCUGCUAGCCAUAUCAAACCCAAAGGAUCAAGUCGCAAGUCCAAAGAAAACAAGGAGAACGAGGCCAGGAGAGAGACAAAUGGAACUGACACCAUGACCAAGAAAAGCGCGUCACUGACAGAAAAAGGGAUAAAGCUGGUGCAAGAGGGGCAGUAUGCACAAGCAGUCAGUAUGUUUACAGAAGCCAUCAAAUGUGAUCCAAACGAUUACAGGUUCUUUGGGAAUCGUUCUUACUGCUAUUACUGCUUGGAGCAUUACCCUCAGGCCCUGACGGAUGCUGAACGCUCCAUUCAACUGGCCCCAGACUGGCCCAAAGGAUACUUCCGCAAGGGCAGUGCUCUCAUGGGUAUGAAGCGGUACAGUGAGGCAGAGAAGGCGAUGGAGCAGGUGCUGAAACUGGACAAAGACUGUGAGGAGGCUGUCAAUGACCUCUUUAACUGCAAAGUGCUGCAGUUAAUGGAGCUUGGUUUUGAAGAAAUGCAAAGUGUCCUACUGCUGGAGAAAUAUUCUACUGUGCAGGCUGUUCUCGCAUCUUGUUCCGAUGCUGCCAGAGCUGGGGGCCAAGAUCCAUCAGUCGUACAGCCUGGAAGUCCCUGCCCAUCUCUCUGGGUGGGAAAUGUAACAACCGAGUUAACCGAGAAACACCUUUGGGACCUUUUUAAAAUGUAUGGUGAGAUAGAGAGUAUCCGUGUGCUGCAUGAGAGAUUCUGUGCCUUUGUCAACUUCAAGAAUGCAAACAUGGCUGCUCGUGCCAUGGAAAAACUAAAUGGUUAUUGUAUUGAAAACACACGUUUGGUGGUUCGCUAUCCUGACCGUCGUACUCAGAGGGUCAUUCCCAUUCCACUCAAGACUUGUCUCCCUGUCACACAGCAGGCUGGGGCAGCUGCUGGACCUCGAAGACGUGGGCCAGUGAACGGAGACGAGUGUUACUUCUGGAGAACCACUGGCUGCCAUUUUGGGGAAAAAUGUCGCUACAAACACAUUCCUGAACAGAAAGGCAAGGACAGGAAACCCUGGCAGCCUUGAAAUCAGUUUACACUCUGCCUCAGUAGUGUACAGGAAACUGCGAUGAACCAACCGACUGUGCCAAUGGAGCUGGUAGUUACUGGACCAGGGUCUUUGGGCUAAGAAUAAUAACUGUGGCAGAAUGGACCAGAAUAGUCAAAGGAUCAGAGCCAGCACUGAGGCUGUAAGUGAGGGACGGUCACACAUGUGCCACUAUGGAACGGGAACAUGAUGGUUUUAAUUUCAACCUAACACCAGACUGGUUACUAUUGCUUAGCAGACUAUCCAGAAGGGAGCAACAAAAUCACCUGGUGUAGUCUUGAAAUAACCACCUUCAUAUUCUUAGCCCUUUAUGGCCACAUGGUGACCCAUUUCCUCGAUAAAGGAUACAACUUAACAUCAUGAGCCUACAACAUAAGGAUGAAGUGAAACUGCUUUGGUUCACUAAUGUGGAAAAAAGUAAUGGCUCUGCCAUGUACAGUGGUCAUAAAAGAAAUCAGUAUGGAUUUAUCAUGUUUGAGACCGUUUUCUCUCGAAUUUCCACAGAGCAGUGUUCCUCACUAUUUUAAAGAACCGUAAAUUGACCUUUUGGUUUAUGAAAUUUUUAACAGUUGCACGUGUACCUGUUGCCCACUGCUGUUCACAACAGGCUACAGUUAAUACUGGGGCUACAUGUUGUUCCUGUGCCAACAUUGUCCACCAGACCAAAGACUUAAAAAUGGACGUAUUUGACAUUUCAAGUACCUCCCCUAUGCAGAUGAGUUUUUUUAAGUAAUAAGCUACAGAGACCCAAAUGUGUGCCUUCAUACUGUGCUAUGUAGCCUCAGUUAAGAUGAUCCGAUGUAGGUAAGUGGAUCUAAGAGCCACAGCUGGACUUGAAGAAUUACAAAAUUGUAUGUACCGUAAUAAUGGCUUGAUUAGGUGCAUAAUUCACUUUAUUUCGUGGUUGGCUGCCCUUGGAAAGACUGACUAUGCUCACUGGGUUUCUGUUCAGCUGUCAUGACAAUUUAUAGUGUUCUUCAUAGCCAUACCUUUAGGAUGUGGUAGAAGUAAUACCAACACCUGACAGUAUUAUGCAAUCCAGUAAAAUAGAAAUGCUUUUGUUAAAGCUGUAGAGCUCAGAUUUUGGUGAAUCUGUGUCCAAAAGGUUUUUUUUAAAAAUAUAUUUUUGGCAAUUUUGAACCCGACAUUUUUUAGUUCAAUCUUCGGGAUGGCAUGAAAUGUCCAACAUUCUCUUAUCCCAAGGGUGUCAAAUACUGUUUUUAUCAAAUCCCAAAGAUAUCCUUUGAUGUCAAUGCCACCCACAUAAAUAUUCACCCCUGAAGAGACAUGGGAGUUUUUUUUUAAAGUUUAAUACAGUCUCAUAGAGAGGUCUGAGGGUUGCUAGCAUAAGUCAGAAGCCCUGUGUUGAAACAUUUUUUUUCCACUUCAUUUUGUGACUUCUGUCACAUUUUCGUUUGCUCUUUGGCUAAGUUUAGGUACCAAAACAACUUAGUUAAGGUUGAGAAAAGGUCGUGGUUUAGGUUAAAAUAUAUCCUUUCACAACAUUAAUCAUGUGCUACACUGCAAACUUCUCAUAACCUGAAAAGGUGACACCACUAUAGUACAUUUGACUGUGGAUUUGUGUCAUCUAUUUCUGACAUUCAGGGAUUUUUAUAGCUCUAUCAAACUAUCCCAUAUGUUAAAAAGUGACUAUAAAAGGUACCCGGUGCGUUCAAAUGUGACGUCAAAGGGUCCUGAAAAAGUGGCAAUAUGUGAUGAGUUGGUUAUGAAACCAGACUCGAAUAUCAGGCGUGAAGUGCUUCUUCCAGCCGUGUGGACGGUAGGAGAGCUAGUUGCAGCACUGAUCUGUAUUCCCAAUUCAAAUGUAGAGCCUUCAUAAGUGUUUAUCUCAGCAUUACAAUAUUGAUCAUGAUUUCUUGGCAAAUUUGCAUUGUAAACAUCAAACUGCUUUGUGUCUAUACAAAGGAUAAGUACUGAAAUGUUUGUCAGUUUUGUGUCAGGCAUACUCGCACCUCCCACCUUUGACAGUCAUCAUGUGCACUCACAUUCACAGCAGAAUGUUUAAAAUAAUACACUUAAUUUUAGAAUCUUGAAAAGCAGUGUUUAAAUGGAGACCUUAGGGCCUCCAUUUCAGUAUUUCAGUGAACUGAAUAAUCCGAUUGCUCUGCAGUAGAAACCACCUUCUUUCAUGCGUUUCAACACUAGACAGUGCAUUAAAGCCCAUUGGCAUGUGUUUGUAUCAUCCACUAGACAACAAUUACAGCUGGUUUAAGUCCACACUACGUUCACUUGUAAACUAUGCACAGCAUAGUUAAAGUAUUUAUUUUCAUAUUUAUACAUGUUUUUUCUAUUUCUUUUUUUACAACAUACCUUGGGAACUGAAUUCACCUUUUAAUUUACUAUCCAUUUUGUCUUUUCACUUUAUGGUAAGUUAUAGUAAUGUAUUACAAAUCGAAACACCCCCCUUCUGUUUUCUCUUUAAGCUUUAAGAGGCAGGCAUUAUUAAGAACUCUUUAGUGCAAACACUGUCACAUGCUGCACUUCUGCUUUUCUUGUAUAACCUUCUGCCUUGUGGCUAAAACCUGUGAAAAAGGAAUUGGACACCAAACCUAGAGACUGCACUUGCUGAUUUAACACACUUGCUCUGCUCUUAAAUGAUUGGUGCUGUCAACUAUGGUUUCACGAUGCAUUUAGUUUUGUCGACUUUUAAAAUGUGUUUUAAUUUUGCCAUGGCAUAUUUUUUAAAUUACAUUUAGUAAAUAUUUCAAAUUCUACCAGCAUUUGAGUUUCAAUGUUUGUCAUUUGGCUUGUUUUUAGUCUCUUUAUCCUGUUUCAAACUAUUCCAGGAAAAUGUACUUCUAAUUAUGAUAUAUGCAUUUAUAACCAGAGCACUGCAAUCCAAUUAAUCUCUGAGAUAUUUUGUAUUGUUACUGCACUGCAAAAAAGAGUCUUUUAUAUUUAAUAAACAUAUUUCAACCAUUCA